AGAUAUUGUGUCUACUCGAAUAGAUCCACUGGGACAAAAAUGUUCAUUAUCGGGAUAAAUAAAUGUUUUGCUCACAUACUCAGGUGGAGUUAGUGUAGAUUGUAAAGACUAGGCCAAUGCGUAUUUUUUUUCAGUCACUGUCUCGUUGUUUUCUUCGUUUACUUCUAUAAUGAAUUAGCAGGCUCAUCACCAUCAUGAACGCUAAAUGGGAACAUGCACCAAAGAUGAUGAACUUACUUUAAUUGAAAAACCCACGUUGCACACUAGUAACACAAAUGGUGAUGAGCCUGCGUGUUUCGGAGCUGCAGGUACUUCUGGGAUACGCAGGCCGUAACAAGCACGGGAGAAAGCACGAACUCUUGACCAAAGCUCUCCACCUGUUGAAGGCCGGCUGCAGCCCUGCUGUGCAGAUGAAGAUCAAGGAGCUGUACCGGCGCCGCUUCCCCACAAAGAUGGUGUCUCCUGCAGACCUGUCGCUGCCCGGGGUCCACUCCACCACAGGCGCCGGGCCCGGGGGCUUGCCGACCAGCCUAACCCAGCUAGGUUUCGACAGCCACGGGGCCCCCUCACCCAUGCUGCCCGUGUCUCUCCUGGGGCCGAAGCACGAGCUGGGCCUUCCGCACCUUCCUUCUGCCCUCCACCCCGUCCACCCAGACGUCAAGCUCCAGAGGCUCCCGUUCUAUGACGUGCUGGACGAGUUGAUCAAGCCCACCAGCCUGGCCUCAGACAACAAUCAGAGGUUUCAGGAAACAUGUUUUGCAUUUGCAUUGACGCCUCAACAAGUCCAGCAGAUCAGCAGCUCAAUGGACAUUUCUGGGACCAAAUGUGACUUCUCAGUACAAGUUCAGCUAAGGUUUUGCCUAUCAGAGACGAGUUGUCCUCAGGAAGACCAUUUCCCACCCAACCUCUGUGUGAAAGUGAAUGGGAAGCCCUGUAACCUUCCUGGCUAUCUCCCUCCAACUAAAAAUGGAGUUGAGCCAAAGCGACCAAGCAGACCCAUCAACAUUACCUCCCUGGUCCGAUUAUCCACAACAGUCCCCAAUACUAUUGUGGUAUCAUGGACCUCAGAAAUUGGGAGGAGCUACUCCAUGGCGGUGUAUCUCGUCCGACAGCAGUCAUCUUCAGUGCUGCUGCAGAGACUUCGGUCGAAAGGCAUCAGGAACCCAGACCACUCCAGAGCACUCAUCAAAGAGAAGCUGACGGCUGACCCCGACAGUGAGAUUGCCACUACUAGUCUGAGAGUGUCUCUGCUCUGCCCGCUGGGGAAGAUGCGGCUGAUGAUUCCCUGUCGAGCACUGACCUGCUCGCAUCUGCAGUGCUUUGAUGCUACGCUCUAUAUCCAAAUGAAUGAGAAAAAGCCCACAUGGGUGUGUCCGGUCUGCGACAAGAAGGCCCCGUACGAGCACCUCAUCAUUGACGGGUUGUUCAUGGAGAUUCUGAACAGUUGUGUAGACUGUGAUGAGAUCCAGUUUAAGGAGGAUGGCAGCUGGGCUCCUAUGAGAUCCAAAAAGGUGGUGCAGGAGGUGUCUGCUUCAUCUAACGGCCUAGAUGGUUCAUGUCGGCCAAUGGUGUCUGAACACAGAAACGUUUCAUCGCAUAACAACAGUAAAAAGGUGGAAGUUAUUGACCUGACACUGGACAGCUCCUCGGAUGAUGAUAACGAUGAGGAACCUCCCCCAAAACGAGCUUGCCCAUCUCUAUCACCCACUUCACCUCCCAUCAACAAAGGGGUUUUGAACCUUCAUCAUCAGGCGUCCCCGGUGACACGAGCUCCUAGCAUGCCACCAGUGGAGACAAACUACAUCCCCCCUCCCCCUCCUCUCAUCCAGGACUACCGCCACUAUUACCACACACCCAGUGACCUGUCAGAUCUAAAUUUCUUUUCAUUUUUACAAGGGGAAAAUCAUCCGCAUUACAACAUGGUCAUGGCGGCCGCGGCCGCGGCGUCCGCUUCCGCGUCGGCCUCCGAGGACCACGAGCUGCUGCUCAACCGCUUCAUGCCCUACAACUCGUCCCAGCUGUACCUGGAUCAGGCAGCCACCCCCGUGAGUGGCUCGCUUGCGCCGGCCAACGGCAACGGGGGCGGCAGCAAUAGCCUGGUAUCCUCCGGCAGCCUGCGGGACGGCCACGCCCACAGCGCUGUGUCGCGCUCCCGCUCGGACGCCGCCGCCUCCGUCAUAUACGGCUCCAUCCCGGACGUCAUCUCGCUGGACUGACUACGAGAGGGCCCCGCACCCAGAGACUGGCCCUCAUCACCACCUGUGGCAGCAGCGAGGAGGGUGGAGCACUGCCAGAAGAUUUGCCAAUGAGUGGGGCAAAGAGGUUUGAGGAAGCAAGAAGAGAGAACAAAGACUUUUGUACAAAAAAAGAUUAGAAGAAGAAAAAAUGCUGUACAGAGAAGAAAUAUCUAUUUUCAGUUUUACUUUUGUACAUAAACAAUAGGACGCUGCCUGCCCAGUGAGUGACUUCAGUUGAUAUUUUUUGUGUGGAUACUGAAGAUGUUUUUUCACAGCUCCGUGUGUCGUCCCUUGACUAUCUUAUUCUGUACCUUUUUAUACUCUUUUUGCUAUUUUAUUUCACCUCAGAACAUUUAUUUCACUCCCAGUCAUGGAAUCAAAUUCAUUUUGGUCAGUUUUUUCAUCUUCUCAUAAGACUCUGGCCUCAGACAUCCUUUGAGGGGUCAGUAUGUUGUUAUUUAUAGACACUUUCUUGUGCAGUUAAUUUAUGAGGCUUUUAAGUUAUGUAGUUUGUAUAUUGUAUAAAAACAUUUUCUUAUGCCAUUACAGGAUCUAGCCAUGAGGCACGCUCAGAACGGAAACAGUAGUCACCUCUUAUUCCAGCUUUACACUCACUUUCAUCUCCGUAAUACAUGCAGAAGGAACUGCAAAUUAUGCACAAAUCUCACAUCCUUUCAAAUGAUAAAAGUUUGAAUACUAACCAUGAGUAAUUUGUCAAUCGUUUUAAAAAAAAAAUACAAAAAAAUGGAAAGUGUCAGGUACUAUAUUGUGAUGCAUUUCUGAAAUCAGUUGUUGACCUAAGCAGUACAUUAAAAAGAACAUCAUGGAGCAUCAACAGAAUUGCGGUUGUUGCCUGGGUUUUCGAGAUCAGUGACUUGUUCCAUCAGAUGGCUAAUGUGGUCUGUCUACCUGCAGAUCUGAAGAGAAGUUACGUUAUUAUAAGGUGAAUUAUUCUAAUCCUCCUCGAGUGCAAGUUGGCUUUUCUCCAGGAGCCAAACAGUGGGAGGGUAAAGUUGUCUUGCUGAAGGUGGACCUUCUUGUGGCUUCCUUGUAAUAAAUGCUCAUGACUCAGGUGAGUCCUGAUCACCAACCUUGAUUCCUUCUGAUAGGCAGCACUUCCAUUCAAUUGCAUCAAUGGUGCCACAGGAACAGUUACAGUGAUUUGUACAUCUCUCUGUUUGCCUAUACAUUGUGUCACUGUGUCUAGUAAGUAUUCAGCUAGAAAAGCCCCUGUGGUCAGAAAUGUAAAUGCAUGCAGUAACAAAAAACCCACUUUUCGAAUUCUGCAGUGUUAUUUUCUUUUCAUGGUUGUUAUGACUGUGUUGAUUCAUCGUCUCUGAGUUUCUUUAAAUGGAUAGUUUAACAUUUUUGGCAGGUGUUUUUUUUUUUUUAACUUAGGUUCUAAUGAGAUCAUAGAUACCUAUAAUAGAUAGACAUUUUGCAGAAAGAUACAAAUGGAUAAGUAAAAGAAAAAUAUUUACUUGCCAAUAUAUUUAAAAUAUAUUUAACUAUCAUUUUUAGUAACCUUUGAAUUUCUGUUGAACUUGCAGUCCUCUAUCCCUGCCCUCCUCACACCUUUGUAUAAAUUUGAAUUUAUUUAUUAUCUAUAUAUUAUAUUUUUACUAUUUCAUAAUUAUGCUUUACUGUCACAUCUUUUUCCUUAUUAAUUAUUUAAAGUGCUCAUUACUUGCUUUGCAUUGUAAGAAGCAUCUUAUUUCACAUCAUGUUUCUUGUUCUCUCAUGUUGAUCUUUGUCUGUGCUGUACCAGAUGCUUGAGGCAUUAAUUCCAUCUCCAGAAUCUGUCAUGCUGUGUCAGAUUUGACUGAUUUGUUGCAAUUAAACACUUAAAGGAUGACAAAGGCCA